AAUGGUGUGGUUGAUCUAAAUAAACAGGUAUUUGCAAUGCCCGUAUUUGAUGGAAUAGAGUCGUGUCUAGUGAAGAAUCUCAAGUUCACUCCUUCCAUAUGCCUUCGUAUUGUGGGACGUACUUCAUACGUUGCGUUGGUGGGAUUUAUAGCAGUAUGUAUUCCAUUUUGGAGGGCUGCUAGGUUUUUUCGGGGGUCUUGUUUUCUCCUCAACGUCCUACUUCUUGCCAUGCAUUAUAUGGUUGGUCAUGAAACAACCAAAACGUUGGAGCUUUCAUUGGAUUGCAUCUUGGAUCUCGAUAAUCGUUGGAGUUCUAAUCGCGGUUUUAGCACCAAUAGGUGGAGCCAGACAAAUCGUCCUUCAAGCCAAAACCUAUAA